AUGGCAGAACAAGCUGGCCCCCAAUCAGCAGGUACUUCAGAUGGCACAUUCAAGGGCUUCGAAAGAUGUCUGCCCGAGAACUGUGUCGAGUACAUGCUGUUCAUCAUUGACAGCCAACUCCAGCCCCAGCAGAUAUUCUCGCGCCUGGAAACUGUACGGAAGGCCGCUGUGCAGCUCUCGAGCCAGCUCACAAGUGAAUAUAUAUGGCAGCGUGAUGCCUUCGGUCUCGAGGUCACAACCGACAAAGGCCUGGUCUAUCUGCACGGCAUCACCGACUAUGGAGAUUCGAUAGAGGAUGAAUGGCUCAUUGUCUACAUACUUCGCGAGCUGACUCAAAAGUUUCCCGACCUGUGGGUGCGGGUUUCCGAUAGCGAUGGCGAGUUCCUGCUUGUUGAGGCUGCCAAUGUGCUACCAAAGUGGUUGAGCCCGGAGAACGAUGCCAACAGGGCGUGGGUACACGGCGGCCAAUUGCGCAUCAUACCUCUUACCCUAGAUGUUCGCUCAAACCCUGAGAAGAACAUGAUGCUCUCCGAGGCAGUCGGUAUUCUCCAAUCCGCUGCUCACACACUCAUACACUCGCCCUUUGUGGAGGCUGAGGCUUUCUACCGACUCGAAAAGUAUCCCGCCCAAAUCCAGGACUCUAUACACCACGCCGUAGUCUCAGUGCCGAGGCGACUCGCAUAUUUGAUCCAUGAGGUUCCAAAGGCCAUUGCGCCGGCUGUGGAGGCAUUCUACCUCAGAGAUCCCAUCGCCAUGAAACCCUUAACGUCAUCUUCUGCCGACUUACUUAUCUUUCCGCCGAGGGACUUCGUUGAUAUGAGCGUCAAAUUCACAAAGGUUCUUUACGCACAGCUGAAGUCUCAGGUCUUUCCGGCUCCUUCUUCCUGGAAUGACGUUUUUGUGUCUUCAGAGAGGCAAGCAGCCGCCGACGGCAGCAGCGCCGCCCAAAAGAAGCACGCAAUGCUUGAGCUAGGCAUGAAGGUCACUUGCGGGUUUGAGAUGCUGGCAAAAACCACAGCCAAGAAUAAUAAUCGUGCGGUCCGGGAAAUUGCCCUCCUACUAGAAGACUUGGCCGAGGAUGGAGACUCGGUCCUCCCCAAGGAUGCUGACAUCGCAUCUUGGAAGGACUGCACGCGCGAUGACGACGAUUCAUGGAUGGACAUAGACUUUCAAGAUUUUGAUAAGGAGCUUGACGGCAGGAGAGACACCCCAAAGGCGGGCGCUUUCGGUGACGCCAGUGCUCAUGCUGAUCUUCGAAGGAUCGUAUCGCGCUUCGAGGCGUUCCUAAAUGACGAUAGCGCGGGCCUUGACGGAGCCGAACAUGAUGAGAUGGAUGAGGAUGAUGAGGACGAAGACGACGAAGACUACGAAGAGGAUACCGACAGCGAGGAUCGUGAAAUCAGCUUUGAUGAGGAAGAAUUUGCUCGCAUGAUGCGUGAGAUGAUGGGGCUGCCGGUGGACGCCAACAAGGCCGCGCAUGGGCGCAACAGGAAGGCAUCCGUGGCAGAUGUGCCAGAGGUUGAUCGUGAAGAUGAAGAAAUUAUGCAAUUAUCAAAGCAGAUGGAGUUAGAAUUGAACGAGCACGGGGCGCUGGCUUUGGACCCCAGGCCGGAGGACUCCAGGGCUCUCAAAGACAAGGGCAAGAACAGGGCGGGAGCAGCGUCGGGGAAGACAACCCUUGGUGGCAUUGAUGACGAUAGCGAGUCCGACGAAGUUGACAUCGACUAUAACCUGGCAAAGAACAUCCUGGAGAGCUUCAAAGGCCAGGCUGGUAUGGCUGGGCCCGUCGGAACAAUGCUCGCCGGCAUGGGCAUUCGGCUACCUCGUGACGAAGGUGAGGAUGAACAAAGUCAUCCUUAG